GAUGAACAAACCUCUAUUGAUGACAACACAUGAUGACAACCCCUCACUUUCGGCCCCCACCAUGCACCUCAGCCUCGCCAGUCUCACGACCUUCUCAUGCUCUCGCGCUUCUCACAAGCACCAUGCAGUCAAAGUUCACAUAGAAGAAGUUGUGCGCAUACACUUUGACAGAUUAUUCGUUCCCCCUUCAUCGUCCGGAUUUAGUGAUUACCUACUAGCCUUCCUUCCGUCCGAGACAACUCUCUAACAUGAGCGGCAUUGAAAUCGCCGGACUGGUGCUUGGCGCAUUUCCACUACUUAUCCACGCGCUUGAAAGUUACCAUGAGAGCUUGGACAUCCUCAGAGACUGGUACAAAGUGCAACGAGCUUAUCGGCACUCCAUCCGGACCCUAGGAAUCCAGAAGAUUCAAUUUGAGCGCAAUGUCGAGCGAUUCCUGCUUCCCCUGGUAGUGGAUGACGUUGAACUCAAAGAACUUAUGGCAGACCCAGCUGGAGAGAGGUGGGAGGAUCCAGACCUGGAGACGAGGCUGCAGCAGCGCCUGCCCGAAAGCUACAAGCUGUUCCUCGAGACAAUUGUAGAGAUCAACAGAGUCGUAGAGUCGUUGAAACAGGAGAUGGGUGUCACCAAUUCUAGCUUUCAGGCAAGAGUUGAUGAGAAUAGUGUACUUGUCAAAAGUGCAUCUCGCGUUGACUUGAUGAGCAGAGCGAACUUCGAGUUCCAGUCGAAGCGCAUUAAGUUCAGCUUGAAGAAGUCUACACGGGAGCGGCUCUUCAAGCAGCUGGAAGAGGCAUGCAACCAAAUGCAAAAACUUCUGGAGCUUGACGAUCAAAUUAUCACGGCGCGUCAACAACGGAGUAUCUCCAAGUCUACUACUCUCAUCGACCGUAAGAUCAAUGACUUUUGGCGACAUGCAAAACGGUUACACGGGGCCUUGACAAAGGCUUGGCAGUGUGGCUGUUUGAGCCAUACAGUAAACCUUGGCCGUACCUCCGACCGCAAAUACGAGGGUUCGAUGGUGUGCUCCAACAUUGCCAGCGCCAGCCACACAGCUGCGAGACGAGCCCAUGUCGUCUAUCAAGAACUUAUGCAGUACAUUAGAUACUCAAUGUAUGGGCUGCAUCGGGUUCAUAGAAGAAGACGAUUAUCGCUUCAUCUUCCAUCAUGACGCAACAGCGCCUUUGAGCUUGGGCAUACCCGCGACAAGUUUGCGAGAUCUUCUGCAAGACAACAACGUUCUCACUAGACGCAAUCGGUACUGCCUCGCCCUUACGCUAGCGACAUCAUUUCUCAGGCUGGGAGCUACGCCAUGGCUCAGCAUGCGUCUCCGCAAAGACGACAUUGUUUUCUUGUCGAAUCAAAAUGAUCCUGCGACCGCGAAUCUGGAUCUUCCCUACAUCUCACAAGAGAUGUCGCCCAACCCAGGCGCUCAACCGACCGAUGCUCUGUCCAGUCUAGGCAUCAGGCUGCUCGAGCUGUGUUUUGGCAAUGCUUUGGAGUCCAUGCCAAUCCGUAAGACGCUGAGUCCUGGUGACACGGUCACAGCUCCUGUACUCGAUUGGGCGGCUGCCAUGCAGUGGAGUAAGAUGGCCAGUGAUGAGGCAGGCCCAGAAUUUGCAGGAGCGAUCGAAUGGUGCUUGAGGGCA